AUGGCUACCGCGAGUACUCUGCUCAAGAGUAGAGUCCGUCGACCAAGCUACUUGAAAAAGCUCGCCCAAGCAGAAGACCUUAUCGAUCUCUUCCCACACAACUCAUACAUCGGAUGGUCAGGCUUCACAGGUGUCGGUUAUCCCAAGAAAGUCCCAACCGCCUUGGCCGCUCAUGUCGAGAAGAAUGGCCUUCAAGGUCAACUCAAGUACAACCUCUUCGUCGGAGCUUCGUCGGGCUCAGAGACAGAGAACAGAUGGGCUCGCAACAACAUGAUUGAGCGACGAGCUCCCCACCAAGUUGGUAAGGAGAUCGCAAAGGGCAUCAACAAUGGCAAUAUCAAGUUCUUCGACAAGCAUCUAUCCAUGUUUCCCGUGGAUCUGAUGUACGGCUUCUACACCAAACACAAGGAGAACAACAGGCUGGAUGUUGCAAUCGUGGAGGCAUCUGCAAUCACAGAAGAUGGUGGCAUCAUUCCCGGGGCCAGUGUCGGAGCAUCUCCCGAGAUCAUCCAGAUGGCGGACAAAAUCAUCAUCGAAGUCAACACAGCCUCGCCGUCUCUAGAAGGUCUUCACGAUAUUACCAUGACCGACCUGCCGCCGAGAAGGAAACCAUAUCUUAUCAUGUCGCCAGAGGACAAGAUAGGCACACCGCAUAUACCGGUCGAUCCAGAAAGAGUGGUUGCCAUCGUCGAGUCUGACUACGCUGACCAGACGCAACCGAACGCACCCGAGGACGAAACCUCGCGAGCUAUUGCAGCAAACUUGAUCGAGUUCCUGAAACAUGAGGUCCAGCAUGGAAGAUUGCCAGAGAACUUGUUGCCCAUACAAAGCGGAAUUGGUAAUAUUGCUAAUGCCGUCGUCGGUGGUCUCGCUUCAGGUGGUGCCAACUUCAAGAAUCUCAAAGUCUGGACUGAAGUACUUCAAGAUAGCUUCCUUGACUUGUUUGACAGUGGGAAUCUCGACUUUGCUACCGCGACUUCCAUUCGCUUCUCACCUGACGGAUUCGAGAGGUUUUACAAGCAGUACGAGGCUUACGCUCCCAAGCUCCUCCUGCGCUCUCAACAGGUCAGUAACAGCCCUGAGAUCAUCAGACGCCUUGGAAUCAUAGCAAUGAACACACCAAUCGAAGUGGACAUCUAUGCGCAUGCAAACAGUACAUGUGUGAUGGGAUCUCGCAUGCUGAACGGUCUUGGCGGGUCGGCGGACUUUCUUCGUAGCGGCAAGUACAGCAUCAUGCACACGCCCUCCACCCGUCCCACGAAGAACGACCCUCAUGGAAUAUCUUGCAUAGUACCCAUGUGUACGCACGUCGACCAGACGGAACACGAUCUCGAUAUGGUCGUCACCGAGCAAGGCUUUGCCGAUGUUCGGGGUAUGUCACCUCGAGAGCGAGCGAGGGAGAUUAUCAAGAAGUGCGCGCACCCGGAAUAUCGACCUAUCCUGCAGGACUACUUCGAUAAGGCCGAGUUUGAAUGCCUCAGGAAGGGAUGGGGUCAUGAACCGCACUUGCUUUGGAACGCUUUUGAUAUGCAUAAGCAUUUGAACGACCAUGGGACGAUGAAACUCCCGACCUGGGGAUGA